AUUUUGGUUUGCAUUAUUCGUGUAAUAAAGUAAUGUGUGGACAACACAAUUGUCUCUUUUUAUCAUGACUUAUUGGAAAAGUUGGAGUAUAUUGUUAUGAAUGACAGAAACUUAACACCAAAUGCAUACUUUGUGACUCUACUAGAGAACGCGUGGCGUGGGUGUGGGGGUCCUAUCCAUAUCCCAUCACCUUGAGAAGCUCUAUCAAUCGUGGUGCGACUUAAAGAUUCGUAAGAAAAGCGGGAAUGAAAAACUUUUUUCCCUAUGGUACUUCCGGUUCCGGAGGGGUCAGUCAGCUUGUCGGUGUAUGAAAAUUUACUGGCUACGUAAGAGUUAGUUCUGGCUGUCGUCUCUGUUGAAGCAAAGGCGGUAUUUUUGUUGAUGUUUGUUUUUGUAUUUUUAACGCAAAACUUGAAAUCCGAACGUCUGACACAAGCUGUUUCUAGUUUUCUGCACUUGUGGCCUCAACACUUCUCUGGAUAUUUGUGACGUGGCAAGCUACGCAAAAUGUACGAAUUGGUGAUGCUGGUGCUGUAGUUUUGCGCUUGUGGUCGUCUUGUCAAGAUAUGACUUGAUAUGAUGAUUUGAAUCCUGUUUGUGUACACACGGUAGUCAGGCAAAAGAUUCGUCUCUUAAGUUAUUAAGAAUGAAACUGAGGCAGACUCGAGCUAGAAUCGAAGCAAGUGUCAAUGUGAAGCCUUCAAAACGAAAACGAUUUGAGAAGGUGAGAUCUUCAGAUGGAUUGAUGCAAGAAGCAGACGAGGAUAUUUCAUUUGAAAACAUCUCUCCAUUUUCUCCUCAUCCUACACAACCCCAAACGGAAAACAACCGAUCAGUAAACAAAUUAGAAAAUAAUGAUUUGUCAGGUGAUGCCAAAACAUCAGAUGAUUCUGAUGAUAAUGAUGACGUUGAGUGGGAGCUUCAAAGAAAAUUGAAAGCAAUCCGUUCAUCAAGAGAAUAUAUUGAAAAGACAGCCAAGGACAUUGCCCGUAAGGCAUUAAUCAGAAAACCAUUUUUGAAAGAGAACUUUUAUGACAUUGACUUAUCAGAUAUAGUGGAUGAUGAAAGUAUGAUUGAUCAAGUUGAAGAAGUCUUAAAUUUGUUUCCUAUUCAGUUUAUGAAAGCCUACUGUAGAUAUGUGUUUGAAGAGCAAAAUAAAGAUAAAACUGAAUUGGUUUUAAAAAAAAGUAGGUGCAAAUGGCGCCUCUUCUUGGUUAAGGAUGAUAUAGACACAUGUGCAAUUUGUAGAAAAGACUGGAAACAGUCAAAAAAGUUGGAACAUUUGAAGGAACAUGGAGGUCCUACUGGCUUUAAUUGUGUCUGUGGUAAGAAUUUCAAGAACAUAGCAAGCUUUUACACUCAUUUAACUAGAGUCCAUUCUGGUGAAUGUUAUCGUUGCCCAUAUUGUAAUGCAAACUUUGCUAGUGCUGAACUUAUUGAAAAACAUUUGAAGACUGAUCACCAUGAAAAUCAUAGGUACACAUGUACAAUUUGCAAGAAGGGUUAUGACAAAGAUACUGUGUUUCUGGAACACAUAAAUUCUCACACUGGUCUCAGGCCUCAUCAGUGUUCUGAAUGUGAGAAAAAAUAUCGCUCUGCCAACGACUUGAGAGAGCACCGUAGACGUCAUAAUUCAUCAGUAACACAAGUUGUUUGCCCUGUUUGUAAAAAGGAAUUUGUGAGCCAAAAGUUAUUAAAUACUCAUUCUCUUAUUCAUGGUGAGAAGAGAAAGUACAUUUGCAACAUCUGUGCAAAGUCAUACAAGACCAAACAAAAUUUGGUCAAUCAUCAGAGCUUUCAUAGGACUGAGAAGUCCUUUACUUGCAGCGACUGUGGCGAGGCAUAUACCUCAAAAAAUAGUUUAAAUAAUCAUUUUCGGAAAAGAAAACAUGGCCCACACUCUGUGAAUAAUGAAGGUGAGGAUGUGGUAGCUCCUAAUGACAAUAUGACAGCUAAUGUAAACGGUGAUAGUGAGAAAUCUUUUGAAUCUGUUGAAGUGGAAAUGUCUGAAUUUUAUCCCUCUGAAAUCAACAAGCAACCAUUGGUUUUGGGAAAGCGGAUUGUGGCAGAUGACGUGGAGAAUGAUAGUGAUGAGGAGACUGGUCUCUUUAUUUGUUUAUGAUAAUAUUAAUUCCUGAAUGCCUUUCUCCAAAGGCAAUGGGAAGAGGGUACUAUUUGAGAGGACUUCUGUUUUCCGCAAUUUUGCAAUUCUCUUGAAAAUUUGGUGCAUGUAUUUGUCUCGUCUCCUUCACCACAAGUAAGGUUUUGUUUUGUUAUUGCCAAAUAAAUUAAUUUGUCAAAUUGGU